AGUCUAGCGACAGCGGCGACGACUGAGCUCCCUGACGUGCUUCGGGCAGCGACUGGCAGCCGGACAAGGACGAGGUGGAGCUAGGGAGCUUCUGGGAUAGACCCGCCCGCCAUGAAGCCCCCCGCAGACUGUGCUGGUGACGUCUCUGACGUGGCAUCCCCGUGCUCCAUGGAAAACCACUUGCGCUGGGACCUGAGUGCCGAGCAGAUCCAGACGCUGACCCGAGAGCUCAUGGAGAAGACCAAGCAGGUGUACGACCAGGUGGGCGCCCAGGACUUCCAGGACGUCUCCUAUGAGAAGACGCUCAAGGCCCUGGCCGACGUGGAGGUGACCUACACGGUUCAGAGGAAUGUCCUUGAUUUCCCUCAGCACGUCUCCCCGUCCAAGGACAUCCGGGCCGCCAGCACCAAGGCUGACAAGAAGCUGUCGGAGUUUGACGUGGAGAUGAGCAUGCGGCAGGACGUGUACCAGAGGAUUGUGUGGCUGCAGGAGAAGGUGGAGAAGGACGGGCUGCGGCCUGAGGCCAUGCGCUAUCUGGAGCGGCUGAUCAAGCUGGGCCGGAGGAACGGCCUGCACCUCCCUGAGGAGACCCAAGAAAAAAUCAAGGGCAUCAAGAAGAAGCUCAGCCUGCUGUGCAUCGACUUCAACCAGAACCUCAACGAGGAUGCCACGUUCCUGCCCUUCUCGAGGGAGGAGCUCGGCGGCCUCCCGGACGACUUCCUGAACUCCCUGGAGAAGACCGAAGACAACAAACUGAAGGUCACCCUCAAGUACCCGCACUACUUCCCACUGCUGAAGAAGUGCCACGUGCCUGAGACCAGGAGGAAGGUGGAGGCCGCCUUCAACUGCCGCUGCAAGGAGGAGAACUGCGCCAUCCUCAAGGAGUUGGUGGACCUGCGGGCACAGAAAUCCAGCCUGCUGGGGUUCAGCACACACGCCGACUACGUCCUGGAGAUGAACAUGGCUGAGACCAGCCAGGUGGUGACCACCUUCUUAGACGAGCUGGCCCAGAAGCUGAAGCCCCUGGGGGAGCAGGAGCGCACGGUGAUCCUGGAGCUGAAGAAGGCUGAGUGCGAGCGGCGCGGGCUGCCCUUCGACGGGCGCAUCAACGCCUGGGACAUGCGCUACUACAUGAACCAGGUGGAGGAGACGCGCUACAGCGUGGACCAGAACCUGCUGAAGGAGUACUUCCCCAUGCAGGUGGUCACCCAGGGGCUGCUGGGCAUCUACCAGGAGCUGCUGGGCCUCACCUUCCAGCGGGAGGAGAGCGCUGCUGCCUGGCACGAGGACGUGGAGCUCUACACCGUGUGCGAUGCUGCCUCGGGCCAGGUUGUCGGCAAGUUCUACCUGGACCUGUACCCUCGGGAAGGAAAAUACGGGCACGCGGCCUGCUUCGGCCUGCAGCCGGGCUGCCUGCGACCAGACGGGAGCCGCCAGAUAGCCAUCGCUGCCAUGGUGGCCAACUUCACCAAACCCACACCUGACGCCCCGUCGCUGCUGCAGCACGACGAGGUGGAGACCUACUUCCAUGAGUUCGGGCACGUCAUGCACCAGCUGUGCUCCCAGGCGGAGUUCGCCAUGUUCAGCGGCACGCACGUUGAGCGGGACUUUGUGGAGGCGCCCUCGCAGAUGCUGGAGAACUGGGUGUGGGAGCGCGAGCCCCUGCUGCGCAUGUCCCAGCACUACCGCACCGGCGGCGCGCUGCCCCCCACGCUGCUCGACCGCCUCAUCGCCUCCCGCCAGGCCAACACAGGUCUCUUCAAUCUACGCCAGAUCGUCUUGGCCAAAGUGGACCAGGCACUGCACACGCAGCCGGGCGCUGACCCCGCCGAGGAAUAUGGGCGGCUCUCCCAGGAGAUCCUGGGGGUCCCCGCCACACCAGGCACCAACAUGCCAGCAACCUUCGGCCACCUGGCGGGCGGCUACGAUGCCCAGUACUACGGCUACCUGUGGAGUGAGGUCUACUCCAUGGACAUGUUCCACACCCGCUUCAAGCAGGAGGGCGUCCUGAACAGCAAGGUGGGCAAGGACUACCGGAACUGCAUCCUGAGACCUGGGGGCUCCCAGGACGCCAGCGCCAUGCUGAAGCUCUUCCUGGGCCGCGACCCCAGGCAGGACGCCUUCCUCCUCAGCAAGGGGCUGCAGGUGGACGACCCCCCGCCAGUGGCCUGCUGACUGGCUACUCGGAGCUGUACGGACAGCAGGCCCCAGCAGCCCGGCACCUGCCCAGCCCUGCUCUGAGCUUCCUGAGCCGAUGGCCCAGGGGGCACUGGGAGGGGCACGUGCUGUACUGUGGUACUUCUCAGCUCCCAAACCCUCCUCCCGUGGCAACUAGGGUAAAGAGGAAUCGGCUUUGAGGAUGCCCACUGGGCUGUGGCCACCUCUCACUCUGAGCCCUCCCCUCAGGACCCUCUUGUGAACUAGGAGAAGAGACAGGACCCUGGCGACCCCAGCCCUGCCUUUUCUAUUGCUGACUGCCUCACAUCACCUGCUACGUAGGGAAUCACGCUGGUGUUUCUAUUAAACCCUUCAUUUUGCUGGA